AUGCAGUACUUUCACAAGGAUUUAGAGUCCGCUAAGACGUACACGUUCUCCGAUAAUUCGGAAAAGUAUUUGUUCCUCUCAUCCUGUAUCCGCGAAUUCAAACAUCCGAUUUCAUCUUCUCUUCUGCAUGAAAUGAACGACGUAGAAAGCGUCCUGAACUACUUUCUGACCCCUGUGAAAUCAGAUGACGUCCUAGUCAAUAUGGCCAACGCAUCUGACGAUAAAGACGCGCUACCUAGCAAUCUGGUCGUGCAAGUUGACAGUAUUAGGUUUGACCCUGGUGACAAAUCCUUUUUCCCCACAACGGCCUUCCCUGGCAGGUCCACCAUCGUGAGUGGUAUUGACACUAGUAGAAUCUACCCUUCCGUUAAAGCCUCAAAGGACAGACGUGUCAGGAUUGAUCCAGAAGACUUGGUAUGA